CUGCGGCUCAGCUGAUAAUUGAAGGGACCCGAGGAGCCGCCGCCGCCGCCGCCGCCGCCGCCGGGGGGGGGGGGGGGGAGCGAGUGGAAGUUGCUGCCGCGCCACCGAGUCCGGACCGGAGACUUUGGGGCCCAACUAGUGAAUGGUAGUGUCUAGAAAGGGUAUGUCCCUUCAAGAGAGAGGUGCCAAUGUCCAACCGGCCUAAUAACAAUCCAGGGGGGUCACUGCGACGUUCACAGAGGAACACUGCCGGGGCCCAACCACAAGACGACUCGAUAGGAGGAAGGUCACAUUUAGGGCAGGCAAAACAUAAGGGAUAUAGCCCUCCUGAGAGUAGAAAAUCUAAUUCUAAGGCACCCAAAGUGCAGUCUAAUACUACUUCUGAACUGUCAAGGGGACACCUUUCUAAAAGAAGCUGCAGUUCAUCAUCUGCUGUCAUAGUUCCACAACCAGAGGAUCCAGACAGAGCCAAUACUUCAGAAAGGCAAAAAACGGGGCAGGUGCCUAAGAAAGACAAUUCUCGAGGAGUGAAACGCAGUGCUAGUCCAGACUACAACAGGACCAAUUCUCCUAGCUCUGCCAAAAAACCAAAAGCACUUCAGCAUACUGAAUCUCCCUCAGAAACAAAUAAGCCACAUAGUAAGUCGAAGAAGAGACAUUUAGACCAGGAGCAACAACUGAAAUCUGCACAGUCGCCAUCAACAAGUAAGGCUCACACCAGAAAGAGUGGGGCCACCGGCGGCUCACGGAGUCAGAAAAGAAAGAGGACAGAGAGUUCUUGUCUAAAGAGUGGUUCUGUGUCUGAGUCAACUGGUGCCGAAGAGAGAUCUGCAAAACCCACCAAGCUGGCUUCAAAAUCCGCCGCCUCGGCCAAAGCUGGGUGCAGCACCAUCACUGAUUCUUCCUCCGCUGCCUCUACUUCCUCCUCAUCUUCUGCUGUCGCCUCGGCCUCCUCCACUGUACCACCAGGGGCCAGGGUGAAACAAGGAAAAGACCAGAGCAAGGCCAGGCGUUCCCGUUCAGCAUCCAGUCCCAGUCCCAGAAGAAGUAGCAGGGAAAAGGAACAGAGGUCUUCUAAGUCAGAGACAUCAAAACCUGGACCUUCUGGAUUACAGGCCAAAUUAGCAAGUUUAAGAAAAUCUACCAAGAAGCGCAGUGAAUCCCCACCUGCUGAGCUCCCCAGUUUGAGGCGGAGCACACGCCAAAAGACCACGGGCUCCUGUGCUAGUGCCAGUCGGCGAGGCUCUGGCCUGGGCAAAAGAGGAGCAGCUGAAGCUCGUCGACAGGAGAAGAUGGCGGACCCUGAAAGCAGCCAGGAGACCGUGAAUUCUUCAGCUGCACGGACAGACGAAACUCCCCAAGGAGCUGCAGCCUCUAGUUCUGUUGCAGGGGCUGUGGGCAUGACCACCUCUGGGGAGAGUGAAUCCGAUGAUUCUGAGAUGGGACGACUACAAGCUUUGUUAGAGGCCAGGGGUCUUCCUCCUCAUCUGUUUGGCCCUCUCGGUCCUCGGAUGUCACAACUUUUCCAUAGAACAAUUGGAAGCGGAGCUAGCUCUAAGGCCCAGCAGCUUCUGCAAGGACUACAAGCAAGUGAUGAAAGCCAGCAACUCCAGGCAGUUAUUGAAAUGUGUCAGUUAUUGGUUAUGGGAAAUGAGGAGACGCUGGGAGGGUUUCCGGUCAAGAGUGUCGUUCCAGCUUUGAUAACAUUACUGCAGAUGGAGCAUAAUUUCGAUAUUAUGAACCAUGCUUGUCGAGCCUUAACAUAUAUGAUGGAAGCACUUCCUCGGUCAUCUGCUGUUGUAGUAGAUGCAAUUCCUGUCUUUUUAGAAAAGCUGCAAGUUAUUCAGUGUAUUGAUGUCGCAGAGCAGGCCCUGACUGCCUUGGAGAUGUUAUCACGCAGACACAGUAAAGCCAUUCUACAGGCGGGUGGUUUGGCAGACUGCUUGCUGUAUCUAGAAUUCUUCAGCAUAAAUGCCCAAAGAAAUGCACUAGCAAUUGCAGCCAAUUGCUGCCAGAGUAUCACGCCAGAUGAAUUUCAUUUUGUGGCAGAUUCCCUCCCGUUGCUUACCCAAAGGCUAACCCAUCAGGACAAAAAGUCAGUUGAAAGCACUUGCCUUUGUUUUGCACGUCUAGUGGACAACUUCCAACAUGAGGAGAAUUUACUCCAGCAGGUUGCCUCCAAAGAUCUGCUUACGAAUGUUCAACAACUCUUGGUAGUGACUCCACCCAUUUUAAGUUCUGGGAUGUUUAUAAUGGUGGUUCGCAUGUUUUCUCUGAUGUGUUCCAACUGUCCAACUUUAGCUGUUCAACUUAUGAAGCAAAACAUUGCAGAAACACUUCACUUUCUCCUGUGUGGUGCCUCUAAUGGAAGUUGUCAGGAACAGAUUGAUCUUGUUCCACGAAGUCCACAAGAACUGUAUGAACUGACAUCUCUGAUUUGCGAACUUAUGCCAUGUUUACCAAAAGAAGGCAUUUUUGCAGUUGAUACCAUGCUGAAGAAGGGAAAUGCGCAGAACACAGACGGUGCGAUUUGGCAGUGGCGUGAUGACCGUGGCCUUUGGCAUCCCUAUAACAGGAUUGACAGCCGGAUCAUUGAGGUAGCAGCCCAUCAGGUCGGUGAGGAUGAGAUAAGCUUGUCCACUCUGGGACGAGUUUAUACUAUUGAUUUUAAUUCUAUGCAGCAAAUCAAUGAGGACACGGGAACAGCACGUGCCAUUCAGAGAAAACCUAACCCCUUAGCCAAUACUAACACUAGUGGAUAUUCAGAGUUAAAGAAGGAUGAUGCUCGAGCACAGCUUAUGAAAGAGGAUCCGGAACUGGCUAAGUCUUUUAUUAAGACAUUAUUUGGUGUUCUUUAUGAAGUGUAUAGUUCCUCAGCAGGACCUGCGGUCAGACAUAAGUGCCUUAGAGCAAUUCUUAGGAUAAUUUAUUUUGCGGAUGCUGAACUUCUGAAGGAUGUCCUGAAAAAUCAUGCUGUUUCAAGUCACAUUGCUUCCAUGCUGUCAAGCCAAGACCUGAAGAUAGUAGUUGGAGCACUUCAGAUGGCAGAAAUCUUAAUGCAGAAGUUACCUGAUAUUUUUAGUGUUUACUUCAGAAGAGAAGGUGUAAUGCAUCAAGUAAAACACUUAGCAGAAUCAGAGUCUUUGUUGACAAGUCCACCAAAGGCAUGUACGAAUGGGUCAGGAUCCCUGGGAUCCACGACGUCAGUCAGCAGUGGAACAGCCACGGCCGCCACCAAUGCUGCAGCUGACCUGGGGUCCCCCAGCUUGCAGCACAGCAGAGAUGACUCUUUAGAUCUGAGCCCUCAAGGUCGAUUAAGUGAUGUUCUAAAGAGAAAACGGCUGCCAAAACGAGGGCCAAGAAGGCCAAAGUAUUCACCUCCAAGAGAUGAUGACAAAGUAGACAAUCAAGCUAAAAGCCCUACCACUACUCAGUCACCUAAAUCUUCUUUCCUGGCAAGCUUGAAUCCAAAAACGUGGGGAAGGUUAAGCGCACAGUCCAACAGCAACAACAUCGAACCAGCACGAACUGCGGGAGUCAGUGGUCUUGCCAGGGCCGCCUCCAAGGACACCAUAUCCAAUAACAGAGAAAAAAUUAAAGGUUGGAUUAAGGAACAGGCGCAUAAAUUUGUAGAGCGUUAUUUCAGUUCUGAGAACAUGGAUGGAAGCAACCCUGCACUGAAUGUCCUUCAGAGACUUUGUGCUGCAACUGAACAACUCAACCUCCAGGUGGAUGGUGGAGCUGAGUGCCUUGUAGAAAUCCGUAGCAUAGUCUCAGAGUCUGAUGUUUCAUCAUUUGAAAUCCAACAUAGUGGAUUUGUGAAGCAGCUGUUACUUUAUUUGACAUCUAAAAGUGAAAAGGAUGCUGUGAGCCGAGAGAUCAGAUUAAAGAGAUUCCUUCACGUAUUUUUUUCUUCACCACUUCCUGGAGAAGAGCCCAUUGGAAGAGUAGAACCAGUGGGUAAUGCGCCUUUGUUGGCAUUAGUUCACAAGAUGAACAACUGCCUCAGCCAGAUGGAACAGUUUCCAGUCAAAGUACAUGACUUCCCCAGUGGGAACGGGACAGGAGGCAGCUUUUCUCUCAACAGAGGAUCACAGGCUUUAAAAUUUUUCAACACACACCAGUUAAAAUGCCAGUUACAAAGACAUCCAGACUGUGCAAAUGUGAAGCAGUGGAAGGGCGGGCCGGUCAAGAUUGAUCCCCUGGCUUUGGUACAAGCUAUUGAGAGAUACCUUGUAGUUAGAGGGUAUGGAAGAGUAAGAGAAGAUGAUGAAGACAGUGAUGAUGAUGGCUCUGAUGAGGAAAUAGACGAGUCUCUGGCCGCUCAGUUCUUAAAUUCCGGAAACGUAAGGCACAGGCUACAGUUUUAUAUUGGAGAACAUUUGCUACCAUAUAACAUGACUGUAUAUCAGGCAGUCCGGCAGUUCAGUAUACAAGCUGAGGAUGAGCGGGAGUCCACAGAUGAUGAGAGCAACCCUCUGGGAAGAGCUGGUAUUUGGACAAAGACUCAUACAAUAUGGUACAAACCUGUGAGAGAGGAUGAAGAAAGUAAUAAAGAUUGUGUUGGUGGUAAAAGAGGAAGAGCCCAAACGGCUCCAACAAAAACAUCCCCUAGAAAUGCAAAAAAGCAUGAUGAGUUAUGGCAUGAUGGAGUAUGCCCAUCAGUAUCCAAUCCUUUAGAAGUUUACCUCAUCUCCUCGCCACCUGAGAAUAUAACUUUUGAAGACCCGUCCUUAGAUGUGAUUCUUCUUCUAAGAGUUUUACAUGCCAUCAGCCGAUACUGGUAUUACUUGUAUGAUAAUGCAAUGUGCAAGGAGAUUAUUCCAACUAGUGAAUUUAUUAACAGUAAGUUGACAGCAAAAGCAAAUAGGCAGCUUCAAGAUCCUUUAGUAAUCAUGACAGGAAAUAUCCCAACGUGGCUUACUGAACUAGGAAAAACCUGCCCAUUUUUCUUCCCUUUUGAUACCCGGCAAAUGCUUUUUUACGUAACUGCAUUUGAUCGGGACCGAGCAAUGCAAAGAUUACUUGAUACCAACCCAGAAAUCAACCAGUCGGAUUCUCAAGAUAGCAGAGUUGCACCUAGAUUGGAUAGAAAAAAACGUACUGUGAACAGAGAGGAGCUGCUGAAACAAGCGGAGUCUGUAAUGCAGGAUCUCGGUAGCUCACGGGCCAUGUUAGAAAUCCAGUAUGAAAAUGAGGUUGGUACAGGUCUUGGGCCUACACUGGAGUUUUAUGCACUUGUAUCUCAGGAACUUCAGAGAGCUGACUUGGGUCUCUGGAGAGGUGAAGAAGUGACUCUCAGCAAUCCAAAAGGAAGCCAAGAAGGGACCAAGUAUAUUCAAAACCUCCAGGGCCUGUUUGCACUUCCCUUUGGUAGGACAGCUAAGCCAGCCCAUAUCGCAAAGGUUAAAAUGAAGUUUCGCUUCUUAGGAAAAUUAAUGGCCAAGGCUAUCAUGGAUUUCAGAUUGGUGGACCUUCCCCUUGGUUUACCCUUUUAUAAGUGGAUGCUAAGGCAAGAAACUUCACUGACGUCGCAUGAUUUGUUUGACAUUGACCCAGUUGUAGCCAGAUCAGUGUAUCACCUAGAAGACAUUGUCAGACAGAAGAAAAGACUUGAGCAAGAUAAAUCCCAGACCAAAGAGAGUCUACAAUAUGCAUUAGAAACCCUGACUAUGAAUGGCUGCUCAGUUGAAGAUCUAGGAUUGGAUUUCACGCUGCCAGGGUUUCCCAACAUUGAACUGAAGAAAGGAGGAAAGGAUAUACCAGUUACCAUCCACAAUUUAGAGGAGUAUCUAAGACUGGUUAUAUUCUGGGCACUAAAUGAAGGCGUUUCCAGGCAAUUUGAUUCCUUCAGAGAUGGAUUUGAAUCUGUCUUCCCACUUAGUCAUCUUCAGUACUUCUACCCGGAAGAACUGGAUCAGCUCUUGUGCGGCAGUAAAGCAGACACGUGGGAUGCGAAGACACUGAUGGAGUGCUGCAGGCCGGACCACGGUUAUACUCAUGACAGUCGGGCUGUGAAGUUCUUGUUUGAGAUUCUCAGUAGUUUUGAUAAUGAGCAGCAGAGGUUGUUUCUCCAGUUUGUGACAGGUAGCCCAAGAUUGCCUGUUGGAGGCUUCCGGAGUCUGAAUCCACCUCUGACAAUUGUCCGGAAGACCUUCGAGUCCACGGAGAACCCCGACGACUUCUUGCCCUCUGUAAUGACUUGUGUGAACUACCUUAAGUUGCCGGACUACUCGAGCAUUGACAUCAUGCGUGAGAAACUGUUGAUUGCAGCGAGAGAAGGGCAGCAGUCAUUCCAUCUUUCCUGAUCACAACGAGAACUACAGUGUCUGCCUGUUACAGCAAAAGAAAAAAAUCAUGAUUUCUUUUCUAAAUGUAUCACCUGAGUCAAGGAAACAUGUUACGCCUUCUUGUUGUAGGAAAAACGGCUUGCAGAUUAUACAAGAGACACUUGGUUGAUAUUCAUUAAUGGCCCCAUGGACUUAAAAGUGAUCAGGCCCUAAAACGUUGUUGUGAUGAGGUUUCUUUAGCAAGUUCUUGUUUAAAUUAUCAUUUAUUUGAUGAGUGAAGUUUUUAACUUGCUUUGCUGUGUGAAAUUUAAAAAAAAAAGGGAUGUUUUUCCAGGCUGAAACAAUAAAUGUCGCUGUGCAGUUUAAUUCUGGGCUGUGUGUAUCCAUCGAGCUAAGUCUGCAGUUUUGUUUCCUCCAAAGACAACUCUUGUACAUACGUACAGAAAUUCAAGCUCCCGUGUUUUCGACCAGUUCGGUUUCGUAGGUUAGCUCUGUGUGCUCUUCACUCGCCUCUGAUCUCCUCCCUGAUUCGUGUCCUGUGUGCAGUCUACACGGUUUUUUGUUUUGUUUUUUUUGUUUUUGUUUGUUUUUGUUUUUGUAUACAGCACUCACGGUGGUUCCGUUUUCAUUAGCCACGGGCUUCUGUCGUUCCAUGUUCUCUCUCAAAUGAAGAUAUAAUUUGAAAAUCCAUUGAACUGAAAUAUACUGUCAAUAGAAUUCAGCCUCUGUUGCUUGGUAGACUCUUCUCGUAGGUUAGUUCUAAUAGAGCCGUCGGGUAUUGCUGGCCGUUGCCCAGUGACGCACUAGGACCGUUCACGCGGUGAUUCUGGCGACCACAGCAGCCUCUGGACUGGAGGCCAGGAGAGCUCACUCCUCUCUCUUGUGUAGGUUAUAAAAAAGUCUACGGCUUGGACUGGCCGGUGUUUAAUAUCCUAUGACCAGAGCGUUCUGCGUCGAUGUAAGGUUUUAAACAAAAUUAGCCGUUUUCAUCCCCUGUUGGAGUAAAAGGAUUUUUUUUUCCUCCCUCGUCCUUGUUUUAAGUUCUUGUUCCUAGUCUGCUCCCUCCCGCUCUCCCCUUCCCUUCCUCCUCCCAGGCCUGACUUGGGCCAGACAGUUCAGACUUUGUCUCCGCACCGAUGAAAGCACCUGUACGCAAUGCUCUGUCCGGCUGUUUUAUGUGCUGGUUUCUCAGAUCUGCAAUAAUCCCUCAGGUUCAUGUUUUUACCUGAAAAUAAAUAAAAGUUUGCCUCA